AACCCUCUGUUCUGAUUAUGAGGCUAUGGAAACGAGACGCAGGAGUUUUAUGAGCUGCAUGACUCGACUAUAAAAAUGUGUUGGCUGGAUUUCAGUUGCGGUAGACGGCGGGUGCGGUUUGCCAAUUGUGCGGUUCCAGUCGACCCUCAGCCAUCCAUGCCUUACCACCAAUGCCUUGCACAUACUUAUGCGCCAUGCCAUUUUCUUUACCAAGACAAACCACGGUUUUCCCAGGAUUCUGGGCAUUUUACAAUCAUUAUCUAUUCGUCAUCGGCUUUCCUUGAUCCAUCCGUAUACGCGAGCUAUGUUUGAUGCCUAUGCCCUUGACGGAGUAUUUGCCUUGCUCGAGUCGAUCGUCCUAGACAUGUCUGAGGAUUGCAAUCUUGGUUCAAGGAUAUGUGGCAUGCUAUGGCAAGCGUAUAUCAGGAUUUACUGCGCUCAUCUUCUUCGCGGCCGGCCACAUUCAAUGAGAGCCAUCCAGGUAGCUCUGCAACACGUCAUCCAUCUUCAUUACGGACAGUUUCUGGAACGCGGGUUUCUGCACCCUUUGACACCGACUUCAUUUUUCUUUUCUGGCGCAUGUGAUAUGAAAUUUUUAGCCGUGGUGCCUUUCCUCGUUGUCUUAAUCGAUCCAAAUUGUUUCACUAUUUAUUCCAUCGAUCUGGUUUUUCUCUGUUUCGGGUGGCUCUUUGAUUAUGCGCUUUUCUGUUUAAGCUUGAUGUGUGCUUGGUUGGUUCGCGGUCUUGGUAACUUUGUUCGCCAUGGCUUCAAGUCGCGCUUAAAAGGAGGUUCUAUGUGUCUAUUCUGUUUUCCUGCUGUAGCUUAUUUUUGUCGCCUUGGGUCCUUUUACCCUUUCCUUUUUCUAUAACACUUGGGAGGCUGUCUGAUCAACAUUUUUCAAACUCGAGUUCAUGAAUUCUCGAUGCAUGCGUGCCUUGAAUUUCCCCGUGCAUGUCUUUUUUCCUCAUUCGCUCCUGCAUCUAUGCAUGUCAUUACCUUUUAUUUCUCUCCGUUGUUUGUCCCACACGUUUCAAGAUGCUUAUGCCUAUUAAUCUUAUCUCUAUCCAUUGAUCUAUGGCUCUGAUACUAUGGUAUGGUUUCCUGUUCACUAGAUUCUGGAAUGAAUAAGUUGAUUAGUU